UUUGAUAAAUGCAGAACAUUUGAAUUAACUCAAAUUGAUGCAUCUGUCUCUAUUGUCUGAAGAUGCAAAGUUCACUGCUCUUUUUUUAAAAUAACCUCAUAAGAGACGAAUAAUCUAAAGUACCAUUUGGAGAGCCACACCAACGAUUUGGAAUAACUGGGGGCAAACUGGAAGCAAGCAUCAACAAAUGAAGCAGCAGCAGCAGCAAACGAGCCACAGUACAGAAAAAGAAAUCACAAAGCAAGCAUGCAGAAUGCAUUUCUAACACAGAAAGCUUCCUACCUGGGGACUGUGUCUCCGUAUUUGAAGGCACAGCAUCCAGAAAUGGUCUUCAGAUCUAUCAUCUGUUAGGUGUCUUCAAAGCAACAUGAAAAAUCUAGAGCAACGUUUAAGAGCCUGAUGUUAACACACCAAGAAAAAGGAUGGAAGAAAAAAUCUAUAACAAUUCAACCAAUGGUACAACUACUAACCAUAAACAUCCAGAAGGACACAGUCUUUGGGAAGUAAUUACCAUUGCUACUGUAACAGCCAUUUUAAGUUUAAUAACCAUUGUGGGGAAUGUUCUUGUAAUGAUAUCCUUCAAAGUCAACAGCCAACUCAAGACCGUGAACAAUUACUAUUUACUCAGUCUUGCUUGUGCAGACCUUAUCAUUGGAAUAUUCUCUAUGAAUCUUUAUACGUCCUACAUAUUAAUAGGUCACUGGUCUCUUGGAAGUCUGGCAUGUGACUUGUGGCUAGCUCUGGAUUAUGUAGCUAGCAAUGCCUCAGUGAUGAAUUUGCUAGUUAUCAGCUUUGACCGUUAUUUUUCUAUUACAAGACCAUUGACCUACAGGGCUAAACGCACACCCAAAAGGGCUGGCAUUAUGAUUGGCCUAGCUUGGUUAAUUUCCUUUGUCCUGUGGGCACCAGUAAUCUUAUGUUGGCAGUACUUUGUAGGGGAGCGAACUGUCCCACCAGGAGAAUGCCAGAUACAAUUUUUGUAUGAACCCAUUGUCACCUUCGGUACUGCAAUUGCGGCUUUCUAUAUCCCAGUUUCAGUGAUGACAAUUUUGUAUUGCCGUAUUUAUAAAGAGACUGAAAAACGCACCAAGGACCUGGCUGAACUUCAAGGGUCCCAUUCUGUGGCUGAGUUUGAAAUGAUAAAGCCUCAGAAAGCUCUUCUAAAGUCCUGCUUUAGUUGCAAGCAACAAAAUUUGGUCAAAAGGGAAAGAUGCCAGGCUUCAUGGUCUUCAUCCAGCCGAAGUACUUCCGCAACAGCAAAAGUAUCUCAGAUCCAAAAUGCUUGUCAUGACUGGUCUAAGGCAGACCAGCUAACCACCUGCAGCAGCUAUGCAUCCUCAGAAGAGGAGGAUAAACAUGCCUCUGAUUCCGUCUUUCAAGUAGCUUAUAGUAACCCAGCAAAAGCCAAUGAUGAAGAGCAUAAAGAAGAGAAAAGGGAAGCUUUUAUAAAAGACCAGUCUAGGGAAAUCGACUAUGAAACCCAGAAAUACUUUCUAACACCAACCAAAGACCAUGUUCAAAAAAGUAACAAAUGCGUAGCUUAUAAAUUCCGCUUGGUGGUUAAAGCUGAUGGAACCCCAGAAACCAACAAUGGCUGCCGAAAAGUAAAAAUCACUCCUUGUUCUGCUUCUUUAUCCAAGGACCCUUCCAUCAAAAGCAUGGAUCCAAAUAUAAACCAUCAAAUCACUAAAAGAAAAAGAAUGGUUCUUAUUAAGGAACGUAAAGCAGCACAGACUUUAAGUGCCAUUCUUCUAGCUUUCAUAAUCACUUGGACGCCCUAUAAUAUAAUGGUUUUGGUCUCCACAUUCUGCUCAGAUUGUAUUCCUCCGACACUGUGGCACCUUGGCUACUGGUUAUGCUAUGUGAAUAGUACUGUUAAUCCAAUCUGUUAUGCUCUCUGUAACAAAACUUUCAGAAAAACCUUUAAAUUGUUGCUCUUUUGUCAGUGGAAGAAGAAAAAAAUGGAAGAAAAGUUAUAUUGGCAGGGUAAUACAAAGCUGCCUUAAAUUUAAAUUAAAG